AUGAUUUUUCUUGUUAUCUUAUGUACUAUUUGUAAACUUAUCCCUGAAGUCAUGAAAAUUGUUGAAAGCCCUAAAAAUUACAAAUCCUCCUAUGAAGUAAUGAGUGGGAAAAACUAUAUUGCUGUCUGUGGUAAUACCACUCCAGAGAGUGUCACUACAUUCCUACGAGAAUUGCUUCAGGACAAGGGAAAUGUUUGCACAGAAAUCGAAAUCCUUUUUCUGGGAGAGUCUGUUCCUAGUCUGGAGCUUGAAGCUGUGUUCAAAUGCUAUUCAGCCUACAUUAUUUUCUUUUAUGGCUCUGCACUAAACUCUGAAGACCUGAAGAGUGUUGGGAUGGAAUCUGUGAAUGCUUGUCUCAUUCUAGCAGAUGUUCACUCUCCACAACCUUAUACUGAAGAUACUUCCAAUAUCAGAAAAUUAUACCUUUUGUACCGAGUGCUGUCCAUCAAGAAUCUCUAUCUGAACACGAGAAUAAUUUUACAGGUAGUUCAGCCUCGUAACAAGGUAUAACAAUUGUACCUGCCAAACAUCCCCAGCUGGGACUGGAGGACAGGAGACGGUGUCAUCUGUUGUGCUGAACUGAAGCUGGGCUUCGUAGCACAAAGCUGCCUUGUUCCUGGUUUGUCUGCUCUCCUAACUAAUUUGUUCAUGGCAAAAGAAGAUACUGAGACAAAGAGAAAAUAUUUGAAGGACAAAAUGCUUCUGGAAGACAAAGACUACAAAGUAAUGUCGUACAGAGAUACUGUGACUGACUGUGACUUGCUUUCUUUCCCCAGGUUGUGCUUUGUGAAACUGAACCUUUUCCUCUUGGGAACUGAACUCAAAUUUGGCAGUCAAGGGUAGAGUUGACUGUUUCUCAAUCCAUCUGCGCAGAUAAAGCUUCAUCGGAAUACUGUGGACUUUUUUAUUGCUCAUUCCCUGGCAGAAGUCAAAAGGGCACAGUUUUAUUGUAAAGCCUGCAACAGUGAUCCAGAGCAGAUUAAAAAAUGUCAAAACAGACUCUACUCAACCCUUCUCAGUGGUGCGGUUCCACUGCAGGAGGCUCUUCUGAGUUGCAAGGACAAAGCAGCACUGAUCCUUCAGGAUCAUUUAGGCUGCAUCUUUGGUGAGGCAAACUUGCUACUGAUUGGGCUGCAAGACUUCGUGGUGCCCUUCAGAGCUAGCAACUUCAUUUCCCAUGAGUUGAAAGACAUUGUUUUUCUUGGGUCUUUGGAAUAUCUGCAAAGAGAAUCAAAAUUUAUUUAGAACUUCCCAAAGCUGUGGUUAUUCUCAGGUAGCGCGCUCUCCUGCGCAGAUCUGAGGGCAGUUAAUGUCCAGGGUUGUGCUGCAUGUGCCAUUCUGUUUUCCAACACCGCUGCUUCAAGCAAUCCUUCCCUGGUGGACACGGAGAGCAUCCUCACCACUCUGAACGUCUGAUCCAUGCAGGGUAAGUCCAGCUCAGCCCCACUCGAUGCUGUUUUCAGAGCGAGAGCACUGGGGAAUCAAUCACAGCCAUGUUAUAAAAGGAUCCCCAUCACUACAGAGCUGAAACCUUCACCAAAUGCCCAGUUCAUUAGUCAGGCUCCCAGUGGCGAUUCUGAGAUUCCAGAGCAAGAGCAGCCUUCCACCACUGGUGGCCCCGCAGGAGCUGUCUUCUCUGACGGAUUUGAGUUGAGCGUGGAUUUACCAUACUACAACCAUCACAUCUUGGCUCUGCUGCAGCCUUUGGUGACAAGUGGGACAAGCCUGGCAUUGGGGGAGACGCUGUUGAAAGAGGGCAGCAGACUGCGCAGAAGUCCUGACAACCCGAUCCACAAUGCCUCCCAGGUCACCAGACUGCCGCUCCUGCCACUGUCCGAGAGGUGGUUAACGGGUGUCAGGGAGGACUCCUUUGGAGACAUUUACUACAGACCUUUAGACUUGUUUGGAAUACUCUGCUUUGGGCUCUACCACCUGAUGGAAGAGCCCAAUCUGUGCAAGAAUAGGUUUGUGAUUGCUCGGUCUGCCAGUGAUUUGAAGACGCUGUCUACAGAGCUGCAGUUUUGUGUUGUUCGUUCAACAUUGCGACAACUGAUGAUGUGGGAUGGAAGUCAGUUACCAAGCAAGAAAACAGGUAGCGCAGUCAUCUUCAUGCUGGAGUUAUGA